GAAACUUUUGUAACCGUAUCCCUGAUUACCAUCGUCGGGGUUGUAACCCUGUAUAAAGUUGUCCCCCUUUUCAGGUAAAGGAACCAGCGUAAAAGAUAAAACUGGGUGUAUGCCCAGUUAAGUUGGAUAGUCAGGGAGUGUCACUUCGAUAGUCGAGCGACUAGUGGGGUGGGUUUUGUGCAGGUGUGGUCCUGGAUUCCAUGUGCAGGGUAAUUUUCGGUAGGUCCACAUUCUGACCUUAAAACCCUGGACACAAAGAACUUGAGACAAUAGGAGCCGGGAGAACCGGACGAAUAUUGGCCUAAUGACCACUAUUUUCAUAUACUAGGUGGCAAACCGGACUCACUAGCAAUGCUGAUACAUGUAUUAGGGCCUACACAGGGACCUAUAUGGGACCUAUAUGUAUUGUACGCCUAUACACAAAGUGGUUAAAAAUUCAAACUAAAAUUCUGGACAAAGCCAAUUUGUACAUGACACUGUACAAGCCAAGCGAUAGAAAUAAUAAAUUGCGGUGUACAGACAUCGAGUUUGGAGACUUUUCCGAAGAGGUUGAUAGAAAUACUUGUAAACUGACCCCGAAAUAUAGACAUACACUAAGUCCCAAAUAUAUAAAUUUCUAUCCCGACCCACUUAUUUGUUUUUAGGACUUCCGCUUGAUUGUACUGUGUGUCAGUGUCAGCCAAUUGAUGCAAUUGCUGUUUCAGUUAAAACGACCAGACAACCUACCCACCAUGUCUGCCCCUCCUCCAGAUGGCCCUUAUGCGUGUGCACCACAACCAGAGAAACAAGGCUACGGUGACGAGGCUCCCCCACCAUAUCCUGUUGGACCAGCCCCUGGGAAUUUCUCUGGACCACCACCACAGCAGCAGGGAUAUCCGCCUCAGCAGGCAGCUUACUAUCCCCCACAACAGCCUCCUCAGGGACCAACUAUUACCCUUCAACCUGGUGUAACACACGUCCACACAACAGCGUUCGGGGAAUCCCCAAUAACAACGGUUUGCCCUCACUGUCAGGCGACAGUGUUAACGGCGACUUCGACUAAAGUUGGACUGUUGGCUUGGAUAAUAUGUGGGGUACUUUUCAUCAUUGGUUGUUGGGCGGGAUGCUGUUUGAUUCCGUUGUGUAUCAGCGCACUUCAUGACGUCAUUCAUUCGUGCCCGAACUGCAAACAGGUCAUUCAUGUUUCCAAGAAGAUGGGACCUCCUCCAGAUUACGCGGCAGGCCCACCACACCAGCCGGCUUACCCCGACAAGGGGCAGCCUCAGUACCCUGCCCAAGGGCAGCCCCCGUACCCUGCCCAGGGGCAGCCCCAGUACCCUGCCCAAGGGCAACCCCAGUACCCCGCCCAAGGUCAGCCUCAAGUUUUUGUUCAACAGCCGGGUCCAACUGUGGUUGUUGCAGCCGUGCCGCGCGUGUUCGGGGAGCAACCAAUGACGCUAGAAUGUCCCGGAUGUAGAGCCACUGUCACAACAUCCACGACUUACUCGAAUGGUUUAUUGACAUGGGCAGCACUUGGAGGACUUUGUAUCGUAGGAUGCUGGUUAUGUUGCCUGAUUCCUCUGUGCGUUUCUGCUUGCAAGGAUGUCGAGCAUAGGUGUCCCAAUUGCCAAAUAUUGGUAGGAAAAUACGAACGACUGAAACUGUAGGCAAACCACGCGUUGGUGUUAAACUACAUGUAUACGGACUGCAUUUAGAACUUACGUUUUGAAUUAAAGAAGCACCCGAUUUACUUGACUCCAACCUGAACUGUUCCUUAAAGAUAUCACUUCGCUAAGGUAAAACUCACUUAAACGGCUAUUUUUGAAUAGUAAAUGGUUCAGAUCCUGGAUCCGUAUAUCGAAGUUCGAAGUUCGUAUUUCGACUUUCGUACUUCGUAUUUCGUAUUUCGUAUUUCGAAUGAUCCUUCUGGGCUUUCGUAAGGUACUGAUAUAGACGCAGUGAUCGCGCAAUUGUAGCUCGCGGACCAGUUGACUUUGUCCGGAGGGAGGGAUGCUGCAUCGUACUCCCACGAAUAAGUGACGUUCAGCCAUCCCCUCUAUGAAGAUGUUCCUUUGCGGACUUGUGCUUGCUUGUUCUGUCCCCAAGUUAGGCAACGCCGAGGAUAGGUGACCGAGAAAUAUAACACCACGAGUUGGAAAUAUCGAUGCGCUCCAUCCAUAUCCCUAAAUGAUGCGGAACAUCUUUUACGAAUCUCUGAGUAAACGUUUUUCCCGCAUGACGCCGCCGUAAGUGUACCAAAAACAUUUGCUUUGCAUUGACUGUAUGACAAUCUUAUUUUUCAUCAAAAUCAUGGAGCUAAUAACUUAGCAUCAUUUUUUGAAAAUAUAGAUAUCUUUUUCUGCACACUCGAGUAAGAUACGCGUACACAAUGGGUGUUUCAAGCCCUAGAGCAAGUCAACAUAUAUACGUCCAUUGAAUGAGUGGCAAGAUUAUUUUCAAAUAAAAAUAUAUGCAAAUAUUGUUAUUUGUAUCUUGUGCAAUGUGUUUUUAUUUAUCAUUAUAAACUUAGAUACAGGCCAACAUCUGAUAUUUGUUGCAGUUUUUCCACAUAGUCUAAAACAAUGUACAUGGAAUAUUAAAAUUUAGGUACGAAUUUUUUUUGGAUGAAAUGGGAACUCCAGUAGAAAGCAAUCGCCUUUUAUAAUCGCAUUAAUAUAAUUUCUAUUUUGCAUCAAAUGCAAGUAUGUGGUAUUUAUAUUAUCAUAUGCACUCUCUGAAAAAAUGAAAAUAAAUUCUUAUUUGGUUGGA